ACGUGUUACGAUAAUUCUCUCCCUCCACACUCCCGGCCCCAAACGCAACAUCAGAUCGCACGUGCGCCCGCCAAACGCGAGGCCUGGAUCGGCUCCACCAGUAACCCCUCUCGUUCUCUCGUCAUCCCGAGAACGAGUCCUCCCUCCCUCUCUCUCUCCCUCUCUCUCUUCCCUCCCUUAUUUCUCUCUCCUCGCAGACUAUGUCGCUGCUCCUCUCCUCUACGCUUCCCGUGACUCGACACAUAUUCUCCAGAGCUAGGGUUCUCGACCGUCCUUCAUCUUCUCCCUCUUCCUCUUCUUCUUCUACUUCUACCACUACUGCUUCAUCUUCUUCCUCGUCGCCUAUUUCGAUUUCGUGUUCUUUUUCUGCUCGAUUCAGUCCUAGGAGGUGCUCUUGCGCUCUGUAUUAUUCUUCCAAGGCGAGAGUGAUGGCCGAGAGUGCGGAAGUUGUAAACUCGAGCUCCGGGGAGGAGGUGGAGAAGGACGUCACACAUUCCCGCACAUUCCUCGAUGUUCGCUCCGAAGAAGAGCUGCUUUCUGGAAUAAAGAAGGAAACAGAAGCUGGCAGAUUGCCUUCAAAUUUUGCUUCAGUGAUGGAGGAAUUAUAUCGAAGUUAUCAGGAUGCAGUUUUCCAAAGUGGAAUUCCAGAUGCUGAUGAAAUUAUAUUGUCAAACACAACUGCUUUGUUUGAUCGUGUUUUACUGGAUGCAGAGGACUCUUUUGUUUUCCCCCCACAUCAUAAAGCAAUGCGAGAGCCUUUUGAUUACUACAUGUUUGGUCAAAAUUAUAUCCGUCCUUUGAUAGAUUUUGGGAAUUCAUAUGUUGGCAAUAUCAACAUUUUUCAUGAAAUGGAAGAGAAGCUGCAGCAGGGUCACAACAUUAUUUUGAUAUCCAACCAUCAAACGGAAGCAGACCCUGCUAUAAUUGCAUUAUUGCUUGAGAAAACAAAUCCUCAUAUUUCUGAGAACGUGACCUAUGUAGCAGGGGAUCGGGUUUUAACGGAUAUUCUUUGCAAGCCCUUCAGCAUGGGCAGAAAUCUUAUGUGCGUCUACUCAAAAAAGCACAUGCUUGAUGAUCCUAAGCUUGCUGAGAUGAAGAAAAAAGCAAAUAUACGAAGUUUGAAAGAAAUGGCCAUGCUUUUGAGAGGAGGGUCACAAAUAGUAUGGAUUGCACCAAGUGGUGGUAGGGACCGUCCAGAUCCCCAGACAGGAGAAUGGCAUCCGGCACCCUUUGAUGCUUCUUCAGUGGACAAUAUGAGGCGGCUUGCAGAAAAUGCUGGUGUUCCUGCACAUAUUUAUCCAUUAGCAUUAAUUUGCUACAACAUUAUGCCGCCUCCACCCAAGGUUGAGAAAGAGAUUGGAGAGAAAAGAGUGGUAUCCUUUCAUGGGGUUGGACUAUCCGUGAUACCAGAUAUAAGCUAUGCUGAAAUUGCCGCUGCUUGUGAAAACUCUGAAGAGGUUAAGGAGGCAUAUUCGAAGGCACUGCAUGAUUCUGUUACUGAACAAUACAAUGUGCUCAAAUCUGCCAUACAUGGCAAACAAGGACUGGAGGCAUCCAUUCCAGAUGUCUCAUUAUCACAACCAUGGCAGUAGCUGGCCUUUCAUACCUUUUACCUGUUGCCUUGCAUUAUAGUCAGGUGAAGACAAUUCUUUUGACAUGAUUGUUUAGCUUAUUCGACUAGAUGCCACUUCUGUUCAAUAAAAGUAGGCCGUGCAAGAGAUUGGCCCUAUUUAUUCAUACCCCUCUGCGAUCUUCAGUGGAGUUUUGCAUAUCCUGAUUAUUCUUCCUCGCAUAUUCUUUUGUGGGGAUUCAUCUGAAAAACAACCUGCCAGUCCAGUUGAAUCUCAGGUCUGUGCUGUACAUAUCUGUUCCUGUGGGACUUCAGCUGGUCAUUCAUAUUAAUUCACGUGUAUAUGCUACUCCACCGGGAUGUAUGGGUUCUUUAGCUAAUUUCUCAGAUCUCUCUCUCUUAAUUUUUUUUUUGGUUAUUUCAAUGUUCCAAACUUAUCACAGGAAUGCCUCAAGUAAAACUUUCUCCAAAUUGCAAUGCAAAAUUCUGGUUCUAAUA